CCUUCCGGGUUUUGGCUUCGGUUGCUAGGGUCCGCCUCCCACGCUUUGGGUGUCUGUAGUGCCGGGUAGGCUACCGUAGUCCGGCAAGCAUCGCGAGAAGUCGGUUACGGCCGAGUCAAAGGUCGCCGGCGGUUUCUGGUCUGGCGGAGGGUGGUUGUCUGUGGGGCGCUUCUCGGUUGGUCACGAGAUGGGCUUUGCAGUUUGUUUGCGUGUUUGGCACCCGGUCAGAAGCCCGGCGUGCGGAGCAGAGGAUGUGGACCCACCGGCAGUUGAACGGCCUUGCGGGAGACCCCGGACCCCCAAAGCAGUCUCUAGUCCGCGGAGGGAGCGGCAGUGGAGACCACCCCAGGCCGAGCGGAGGCCUUGGGGGGAGCCUUGAUCCCGCCUGGGGGGCAAGCAGGAUGGGAAUUCUAGAGAAGCUGGGCGAAGGCGUGAGUGGUGCGGACUUGGGCAUCUUUUUAGCCAUGAGUCGACCGUGCGCACGAUUCAGGAAUGCCAUUCGGGGCAACAUGGAGAAUGGCCAUACGCUUCAAGAGGCUGUGCAUUCCCUGGGAUGAAAACGGCCUCAACCCGAGUGGAUGAGCGGACCAGGAAGGCGCCCUCCGAGGCGAAGAUCAUUUGCAGCCAGAUCAACUGCAUUUGUAGGCAUCUCGUGGAAAUCAUUGGCCGGGGCACUCCGGAUAAUGCCAACAGGGGAUGGUUGGAAAAGCCAAAAUCGCUACUGUCUGCGGAAUAAGAGGGUGCUGGUAAUUACAUGCUGAGUCGGCACCCAGUUAUACCAAGGAGCUGGAGAGACUGCCCCGAACCAAAGGCUGGUCGUUGGUCUUCGGAACUAUGAAGAUCUGCCUUGCAUGCCUGCAAAGCCCCAAAACUCAAGAGAAAUUUGCAUAGCUAACAAUGUAAUGACAGGGCUAGGGCCACGGCUGAUGAAUUGCUUUGUCAGACGCUUUGCUAGGAAGCGGAAGUGUCUUUCAAGAAUGUAUAGUUCCAAGGAGUGAAACAGGUAAUUUCAGUAAACAUGGAGGUUGUGGACUGGCCAUCUGCAGGCCCGAUCGGGUUAACAGAUGCGUUUUGUUUGGAUCUGCUCAGUUUAAAACGAUUUUGAAUUAGUGUCAAGCAUUUCCCCUUUUUUAAGUUCUAAUUCACAUACAAUAAAAGUCACCUGUAGAAGUGUUCAGUUGGUUGGAAUUUGUAAUACUUAAUGUACCCAUAGCCACCAUAAGAUGCAGAACAGUUCUUUCAGUUUACUUACGUCCCUUUGCAAUCAGUCCCCCCAUUGUCAUUGUUUUUAUUUAUUUUUAAAAUACUUAUUAGCGAGUGUUUGCUCUUAUUCAUUGGUCCCUUCCCCCAAGUGCCCCCAAGGGCCAAAGCCAAGAGCCGGAACUCAGUCCAGGUCUCCUGUGUGGAUGGCAGGAACCCAGUUACUGGAGCCUUCAACACUGCCCCCCAGGGUCUGCGUUAGCAGGAAGCUGGAGCCAGAUACUGAACCCAGGCACUCUGGUGCGAACUUGUGCCAUCUUAACUGCCAGGCCAAAUGCCUGCCCCUGUUACUGCUUUUAAAUUCAGGUGUUUCACAUUGAAAAGUGGGAUUAAGAAUUUGGAAACCUUGGCAACGGUGCACUCUGCACUCCCAAAGGGCUACAGGUGUGUUGCUGCUUUUACUGUUUGUUUGCAGCUCCCCAUGGUUCACGUUAACUGCUUCAACCUCAGUGUUUGCCAGGUGCCUUGGGAGGGGAGGACGGUGGGAAAGCCUACCCAGAACAGUUGACCUGGGAAGGGGAAUGGGUUCACCAGGGAGAAAAGUAGGGCGCAAGCGUGUUCCAAGGCGAGGAGGAUUUCAAGGGAGAUCCAGAUGGGAGUCUGGGGAGCGGAGAGGCAGCCGUGUGCCUCACUCGUUUGUUUUCGUUGAUGGGCUGGGCUCUUGGAGUCGGAUGAGUUUUGUUUGUGUGCGGCGAUUUCUGAAGGUCUUGUGUUGUAAGAAAAGUUUUCUAUUUGUACAUUUUCGAGGAUUUUAUGAUUUUGUUUGAGUGGGAAGCGAAAAUAAUAUAUUCUUUGCAAGGGUUGUAGGUCUACCUGGGCUGUGAGUUCCCAGGGAGAGGAGUGCCCCGAGGAAAUUCCUCUUUGUGGGCCCCCUCUGCAGUCUUGGGCAGGCUGGGCUGGCUGGGCCCGGCGCCGGGGGCUGGCAGCGCGGUUUGGGGCGGGGCGGAGCAGGCAACAGGUGGUGUUAGGAGAGGGCAGUUAAGGCCCGCAGUGCCCGCCCACCAGCCGCACCUCGCGGGAGACAGUAAUUCGAGGCGGCUGGGUCUCUGAACUACCAGCGGCGCCAUGGAGUGGCUGAGCUCAUGGUACCCUCAGCCAGGCUGUCCGCGGCCGUCUGUCCUUAUAUGUCUGCUGAUCCUGACCACUUCCUUCCUGACGUACCCCACGCUCAGGACCAUUGGUCUGCAGCUGCACUCAGCCAUCACCGGCAGCUAUGUCUCUGGCACACACUCCGUUGUCUUUGUCAACUGUCCGAACGAGCAAAUUGCCAAAGACAUUGCCAGGGCGAUACUGGAUAAGAAGCUGGCUGCCUCUGUGAACAUCCUGCCCAAAGCUGCUUCACUGUACUUCUGGAAGGGAGAAAUAGAAGAAGCCACUGAGAUCCUGUUGUUAAUAAAGACAAAGACUUCCAAGGUUUUCAUGCUGUCCAGCUACGUCAGGUUGGUCCAUCCUUUUGAAAUCCCAGAGGUCUUCAGUCUUCCCAUGGACCAAGGAGAUGUACAGUAUUUAAAGUGGCUUGAGGAGGGUAUGGAGGAAGACUGAGUGGGAGAAGCUUCUGCGUAUGCCACUGGCUACAUCGGCUCUAGCCUUCAUCAGCUAUACUCUGGGGAAUAGAGGCCUCUUGUUGGCUCCCAGCACCUCUGGACUCCAGGUUCCUGUCAGCACAGAGGCGCUAACCAACCUGUGGAGGCUGAAGGCCCAAGGCUGCUGAGGCUGGAAGAGAAGGCUGGGCCAGUCAGGCCAAUCAAGAACCCAGGGGAACUUGUCUCUGAGUGCUUCAUGCUUACACGUGGCCAGAGGGUGGGAAGGCAAGGAUGGCUCUGUGUAGAGACAGACCGCAGGGAGGUAGCAGGGAGGGGAAGUUUGUUGUCUUUAGUCACUGGCCUACCUUGAGUGCCUAGGGUAUGUUUACCUUCUUGUUUUUCUGGGGAAGAAUGGGCCCUUGCUAAACCUGGAGGUGUAGGAUGAUCGUGUCUUUCUAGGGAAACUGGCAACUGCUUUCUUCAAGGAUGAAUUGCUAAUGGUGGAAUUUCAGGAAUGAAGAGUAGUCUUUGAGCUAAAGAGGCUCUGGUUGCUCCUAAGUCCUGCAGAGGUGGUCCUGGGAAUGGCUGGGGGAAUAUUAGAGCUGAGACACAGCCUCCCGGAUUGGAAAUUACGAGUUGACUCUUGUUCUGUGACUGCCAUCAGGAGAUGGUGAUGGAGAGGGAGGUUCUAAGGCUGCCCUACUAACCUUUUCCUUGGAGCACAGAAACAGAGCCCUGGAACCUGCUAGGCCAGUGUUUUCUGGGUUCCACAGAGCCCCAGGAGAUACUUUGGGGGCUGCCUGUGGAGGGAAGGGUCUGAGGUCUCCCAUCCAUAUUCCUACUGGUGCUCAUGUACCUUUUUAAAAACAUGUAUUGUGCUCACUUACAAAACCCGUUUUUAAAAAGUUUGUCAAAACUUUGUAAGCCACUGCUCUAAGCCACUCUCCAUGCGUAGGUUACUUGUGGAAACUGAACCACAGUGAGGCCCGUGGAUGGUGGUGUGUUGGGUGCACAUAGGCCAGCCAAAGUAGCUCACGCUGGUUCUGGGGUUCCCCUGUCCUGGCUCCACAGGCCUCUGGUGGGAGGGGAGGGAAGGUAGUGACUGCUGAGCCCCAAGCAGUGAGAAGACACUAGACCCAGGCCCUUCCAGAAUCCGUCACAGGUAGCUCUGUUCUGCAGAGAGUGGUCCUCGGGCAGCUGUGAUAUCCUGGGUUUCUCCUGAAGGGAAAGCAUGUGAGACAAGUGGUACCAGCCUCUGGUUCUGAUACCUGCCGUGCUUAUCCCCAAAUAACACAUGGGGUGGAACCCCAAGGGCCCAUCUGUGAAGAGCUUGUGGGGACUUGAGGCUGUGUGGGGCUGGGGCCAGGCCUUCAGGGGGCUGCCUCAGGGGAAGAAUAAGAACAGAGUGAUAAUGGUGGUGGGGUCCUUUGCUUUUUGUAACAGAUUAGCUUCUGAUACAUAGUCAUAUAAGUAUUGUGUAAACUACUUAAGAUGUACCAGGGACCCCAGAAAGGCCUGCCUCCCAGUGUGGUAGGUGGAUGGCUGCACUGUGCUGUGCCCGAAUGUCUGUCAGUUGCCUGCCGCAGGUGAGGCGUGGCUUCCCCUGUGGAAGGAAAUCUGCCUUGGUGUUUCUGUUAUCUGUGUGUGUCACAGUCAGAGCCGUAUCUGAAUCUAUCUGAGCUCUUGCAGAGGGUCUGGCAACAAACCCUGAUGUUUGAAGGAGUUAAACAAAUCUGUCUCUACAAGUACAUAAUUACCUUUAAAUGGUGGAAUAGGCAAAAUCCCACUUUUCCUUGAACUUUUUUCAUGUGGAACUAAUUUCAAAGGAGAUCGUGGUCUUCAUUGGUUCAUUUUCUGUGUUCAUUCUGCAUGUUAUUAGAAAACUGUUGGUGGCUUGCCUUUGCCUUGGCGACAUCAAGGUUGAUUAUUGAAGGAAAUGGGAAGGGAGUGGGGUAUUUACUAAACACUAGCUCUCUGCCCGUACCCUGCUAGGUUAAGGCUGUUGCAUAACACAGUGUUACCCUUAUUUACAGAUGAAACCUCAGAUCAGCCCGUAUGAGACUCUGAGGGGCAGAUCUAGACAUGAACCCAUGUCUGAUUCUCAGCCUCAUGCGCUUACUGCCUCUCUCUGAACGAGGCUGGGUAAGUCCCUUUGUAGGCCAGAGACCUGCCACAGCCAACUCUGCAGAAAGAGAGAUUAGAUCUUAAAGCAUCAACGUGUAGGUUGCAUUGUUUGCUCUUCCACAGAUUUGGAGUGGGGUAGUACCCACAUUCUACAGAUGAAGGAAUAGAUUUAGAAGCAUUCAGUAACCUUUAGGGUCAGCAUAACCCCGACGUAAGUGGUCUGGCCCCCCACUCAGAGUGGUGGUGUGGGAGCUGGCAUAGACCUGCACCAGUGUGUCCAAGUAGGAGUUGCUUUCCAGCACCUCUUAGAAGUAGGACUCAGAAUCCACAGGAAACCAGUUGAGGAAAUGAGGAAGGGCAUCAUGAUUAUCCCAUGAACACCAGUCUAUGAGCACAGAGAGGUGACUGGUUUGAAGGAAUCUUAUUUUCACCAAAGGAAUACCAAGAAGAGGGAACACCAGUAUGCCCAGUUGAAGGGAAGAGAACCAAGACAGGAGCAUGUGAGAGUGAAAUGGUCACUAGCUAUCCAUCAGUCUUGUUUUAGGUUGUUGUCCUGUCAUAGGUGUGUGUGUCUGGCCCUGUCUGCUAAUGGUAUGAACACUUUUGUACACAUAGGAUCCUUUAUACAGACUGUUCCUGUGUGCUGUAAGCAAAAUAAAUUGGCAACUUAGACACAUGACUGAUUGUAGACGCUGUUAUCCUUUCUAAGAUACAUGAAUAGGACAUUAUUUAAAUACCACCCAAUAAAUGUUCUCUGGCAUUUCCCAGUCUUUAAAUAUUAUAUGAAGGCUACACUUCUUUGUAAAUACUAAGCUUAAUAUGCCUAUUAAACAAGUUUUUUCAGAUAUCCAUGAUAAGGGGAAGAGUGAAGAAUGAAGUAUUUUAAGCUGUUUAAGCAGUUCGGGCAGUUUCUGCCAACUGCAGGUUCUUGUUCCUAAAUUCCAAAGGGAAGUGUUUGUUAUGGACUUGGAAACACUGACCUAGACCACAGAGCAGCAGGUACUGUCCAGCCUGGGAGGCCCCUGGUCUCGGCAGGGUCCACCCAGCUGCUCACUCUAUAGAGCAAGAAUUGGAACCCAGGUCUUCUGACACCUCAUGCCCUUCAAUGAUUUCAGCCCAGAGAAUAAUCCCAUUUGCUCCCUCUCCCCAAGAAUGGUUUUACUCCAAAGGCAGCUAAAAGGUUGAAAUAGGAGGAACAGGAGACAAAGCAGGAGCCAUCUUCAAUGAAGGGCAGCUGUUACUGACACACCCAGGCCCCUCACUGGGAGCUAACAGGAGGCUACAUUAUACCCAACACU